AUGGCUGCGACGCGAAAGUUGCAAGGUGAAAUCGAUCGGUGCCUGAAGAAAGUCACUGAGGGUGUAGAAACGUUUGAAGAUAUUUGGCAGAAAGUUCACAAUGCUACAAAUAGCAAUCAAAAAGAAAAGUAUGAAGCGGAUCUCAAGAAGGAAAUUAAAAAGUUGCAGCGAUUACGCGAUCAAAUCAAAUCAUGGAUCGCUUCCGGCGAGAUCAAGGAUAAAAGCGCUUUGCUGGAAAACCGUCGGCUCAUAGAAACCCAAAUGGAGCGGUUUAAGGUGGUCGAACGGGAAACUAAAACGAAAGCAUACUCGAAGGAGGGCCUGGGUGCGGCCCAGAAGAUGGAUCCGGCGCAGCGGGAAAAGGAAGAAAUUAGCUCGUGGCUAACGACGUCCAUUACCUCGCUGCAGAUACAGAUCGAUCAGUUCGAGUGUGAGAUCGAGUCACUUUUAGCGGGGAAGAAGAAGAAACUCGAUAAGGAUAAGCAGGACAAGAUGGACGAGCUGAAGGGUAAGCUGGAGAGGCACAAGUUCCAUGUCACGAAGCUGGAGACGCUGCUGCGAAUGCUCGACAAUGACGGUGUCGAGGUGGAUCAGAUCAAGAAGAUCAAGGAAGACGUCGAAUACUACAUCGAUUCCUCGCAGGAGCCCGACUUUGAGGAGAACGAAUACAUCUACGAUGAUAUCAUCGGGCUGGAUGACGUGGAAAUCUCUGGCAUCCCGGUGUCGACCGGUACGGAUAGCAAUAACAGCAAUGAGACAGCAGGAUCGCCAAGCAGUCUAAUAUCUGGAACUAGUCCGGCGCAGUCACCGGUGCUAAACUACAGUGCCAGCACGUUACACAAUCACAGUAGCGAUCUGUCCGCCGAUAACAACAAUCUGAAUGAGAAGCGUUCGAAGAGCGAGGGCACGAAGAUUACGCCGGUGAAACCGACCGCAAUCCGCGCUAGCAAGGUGGACCCGUCCGUCACCGCUGUCAGUAAUGCCGUUAACAACAACGGAAGCAGUAAUAGCACCAGUAACAGCAGUAGUAGUACUAUCAGCAACAACAAUACGUCCAAGACCGGGCUGAUCAGCUCCACGCCUAGCAAAAAUCAUACUAAUGCUGCCGCGGCGUUACCGAACAUGUUGGUGCUACCACAGCCGCCCAACAGUAUACCCAUCAUUGGACCCGCGUUUGCUGCCGUUGCGAAACAACAUCCUAGUGAGUAUAUACAAAAUGGUUCUAUACUCCAGCCCAGCACGCCCACCAGCACGGGAGCAACGGGCGCGUCACCAUCGUCAACGAGUGGGCCACUGCAAACGCAAGCACCGAAUGCAUCGAAUGUUUUUAGCAGCCUCAGUCAGAUAAUUAAUACAUCUCAACCUAAGCUUAGUCAGCAGCAGCAGCAGCAGCAAACGCAGAACAGUUUACCGAGCGCUGCGGCCGUUGUCGCUGCAGCGAACAGCAGCAGUGUGCCGGCCACGACACAGUCGAGCGGCUCGUCACAGCAGCAAGCGCAGCAGCAGGCACAGCCACAACAGCAACAAUCCCAGCAGAUUCCUCCCGGUCAGAAUUCCAUGCUACUUCACAAUGCCUUGUCGUCGGCAUCGAGUACGGAGAGCAACAAUCAUGUAAUGAGUACAUCGUCCGCGUCUACCAUCAGUAGUAGCGGGGCGAACGUUAUUAAUAACUGUGUCUCUCCCAGCAAUUCCGCAGUCAGUAGCAGAGCGUCACCCAGUUUGAUGUCACCACCGCAGCAACAACAGCAGCAGCAGUUGUUGAACGGUCCCACAACACUCGCGCAAGAAGUGAUAAAUAGAACAGGAGUUCUCGAAACUGGUCCAACCACCAAUCCAAACGCGCUAAUGCAGCAGCAGAGCCAACAGCAACAACCCAAUCCCCAGGGUACGGCAGCGGCAGCGACGGUGGCAUCCACUGCGCAGCAACAACAAGCAGCUGCAGCGGCGGCGGCCGCAGCAGCAGCAGCAGCUGCUGCUGCACAAGCAGCGGCAGUGGCCGCGGUGGCUGGUCAGCAGCAGCAACAGCAGCAACAACAGCAAUCGCAACAGCAGCAACCACAACCACAGCCAGCAGAUUCGAGACAGGCUGGGCCAGUUCCUUCGAAUCAAACCCCACAAACACAAUCCGGCGGCCCGUCGUUCAUGGUCGAUGCUAGCGGUGUACCAACUGGGGCGAACGCGGGCAACCUACUACCAACAUCGUCAGCUACUGCCAUCACGAAUGGACCGAACACGAUCAUAAACACAAACUCUAGUAUUUCGAACGCCGCCAACGUGAACAGCGGCCCCGGCGGCAUGAAGUCUUCUGCCGGUACGCAUGAGGCCUGCAUACCGCCGCUACUUGGCGUGGCACCUUUAGGCACGUCAAAACUGCAGAAGGAGCAUCAAAUUCAAUUCCAACUCAUGGAAGCCGCCUACUAUCAUCUGCCAACACCAAGCGAUUCAGAGAGGCUAAGGCCGUACUUGCAACGUCAACCUGUCCAAACUCCACCGCACUUUCCACAGCAACAACUUCCACAUUCUGAAACGGUAGAGUUUUUCCAGCGUCUAUCACCCGAAACGCUCUUCUUCGUGUUUUACUACAUGGAGGGAACGAAGGCUCAAUAUCUAGCCGCUAAGGCGCUGAAGAAACAGAGCUGGAGAUUUCAUACGAAAUAUAUGAUGUGGUUCCAGCGCCACGAAGAACCGAAAGUGAUCAACGAAGAGUACGAGCAGGGAACCUACAUCUAUUUUGACUAUGAAAAAUGGGGCCAGCGUAAAAAGGAAGGGUUUACGUUUGAAUACAAGUACUUAGAAGACAGGGACCUGAAUUGAUCUUUACAGAUUACGGAACUCCUUUUUUAAAAAAUAUGUGGAAAACAAAAUGAAACGCAAAAAAAUUGAUCAAUAAAAACUAUAAAAUGUUCUGAAAA